UUGUUUAUUUAAGAAUCAUAUUGCGUGAUGACACAUGGUAAAAGUUAUUGUUAACCGUUUAAUUUUUAAACGAUUCAAAGAAUCCGAGGAAUUAACGAAACACGUUUGGAAAAAUAUAAAAAAGGAUUUGUUAAAACAUUGCUACAACAAAAUUCACUGUUCAUGUCAAUGAGAGGAAGGAAGAAAAGCUCAACCAGACGGAGUACUAGCAACGAAGCACAAAAUUCUGUCGAAUGUUCAUCAAGCGGUACCAGCAGGAAGAGGAAAGGGAGAAAAAGCGAGUCGCCGCCCGCUACAAAGCGAAGCAAGAAUAUAUGCGCGGUGUGCCUGGACGAAUUGUCGAAGGACAUCAUGGCAACCCCUUGCGCCCACGUUUUCUGCCUUCUGUGCCUCGAGACGGCCUUAGAAUACUCCCUGAAGUGUCCGUUGUGCCGUGCACCCAUCGAGGAUGAUACCAGGCCACCGCAGGGAUCCCCGACGUCUAACAGCGAAACGGACGAGGAAGGUGCCAGGGAGCAGGAAUCACCCGGGAGGCCUUCUUCGAGCCAGUAGGUCGACGCU